GUGUGGCCUGUCAUAAAUAGGGGACAUGAACAGAUGAAACACACACACACACCAACACACCCCUCUGCCUGCACCCCAGCGUGCUAACACAGAGCUCAGCUCCUCUAUGGUCAUCACCACAAUAACAACCCCAGUGGACACACUGACUCUGUCAUUCCCUGAUCCUGCUCUCCCUCAUAUACAGGCACCAGGACCAGUGUGGUGAACACCGACAGGGUUCAGGGCUGCGAAAACAGCAGGCGAGACAUCUGAGGACGACACUGAAAACAGAGGAAAUGUUUGCUCACCUGUUGGUGCUGCUCGGAGUGGUUGGCUUGAGUUGUGGUGCCAUCCAGAGACCCGAUUAUGACGACACAGAAAACCCAGAGUUCCUCAACCCGUCCUGGAUGGCCAGUAUCCCUGAUGGUCAGCUGCUGUCUGAGGUUACUAUGCCUGGUACCCACAACACAAUGGCCCUGUACGGUGGUGUGUAUGCUGAAUGUCAGACCUGGAGCCUGGAACUCCAGCUAAAAGCAGGCAUUCGCUUUCUGGAUGUUCGAGUCCGCCACGUCAACGGGAACUUGACAAUCCAUCAUGGGGUUUCGUACCAGAGGGCACACUUUGGCCAAGUGCUGGAAGGCAUAGCUGACUUCCUGAGAGAGUAUCCCAGUGAGACUGUGCUGAUGAGAGUUAAAGAAGAGUUCAGUGAGACAUAUAACAUCUACGGUGCUGUGGUCGACUACAUCCACCGUUACGCUCACUGGGACCUGCUGUGGCACAGCCGGAUGGUACCAACCAUGGGAGAGUCCCGAGGAAAACUUAUCAUCAUGCAAGACUUCCCUGGGCCAGAUUUGGGAAUGCGCUACAAUUCCAUGGACAUUGCAGACCACUGGAAGGUUCCCACAAUGGCACACGCGGAGGAGAAGUGGCAGAGUGUCUACAAACACCUGGAAGCUGCACCGACAGGAAACAUGGACCGGAUCUUUCUCACCUUCAGCAGUGGAGCGGGGCUGUUUGCCUACCCCCGACUCGUGGCUCUGCGCAUCAACUUACAGCUGUACGACUACCUGAGAGCCAAGACGGACCAGAACCAGCGCCUUGGAAUCAUAUGCAUGGACUUCCCUGGUGCUCCCAUGAUUCAAAUGAUCAUUGACUUCCAACUGAGAGAAGUCGAGAAGAAAAGAAUGGCUUUUAAUUUGAAUUUUAACAAGGAGGUGCCUUUUGUUUACUGAACAACAGGAUGGGAAGAAAUAAUUUGAUAUUAAGAAACAAGUCAAUUUCAAUAAACAAGGAUAGUGAAAAGUGA